CCCAUGCUGCCCCGCGCCAACCCCUCCCCUCACCUUUCCUCCCCCGCCCUCCACUCGUCGCCCGGCCGGCCCCCCCACCCGUCCCUUCCCUUAUCAGCACCCGCGGCCCCGGCAGCGCCGACGCAGGCGCACUGCACCGCGCCGCCGCCAUUUUGUGUCCGAGCCUGUGGAGCGAUUAAACCGUGCGCGGAGCUGCUUCUUUGGCGGCAGCGGCGGCGGCGGUAGCCGGUGCGGGUGCGCGGAGCUGGCCGGAGACGCCGGGUGGCCGGAGCGGUGGAGCGGCGGCGGAGCGGGCGCUGCGGGGGGUGUGGCGCGGAGAAUGAUCACAGACGUGGGGCCAGAGAACAAGAUGCACUAGUGGGCACAUUGUUGACUAGGAGCGUGAGAACUGGGUUCUUUUUUUUCUUCCUCAAACUGACUUUGCAGCCACGGAGAGGAAGGGGAAAUGGAAGGAGAGGCGGUUGAAGCCAUUGUGGAGGAAUCCGAAACUUUCAUUAAAGGAAAGGAGAGAAAGACUUACCAGAGACGUCGGGAAGGGGGCCAGGAAGAAGACGCUUGCCAUCUACCCCAGAACCAGACUGAUGGGGGUGAGGUGGUCCAGGAUGUCAAUAGCAGUGUGCAGAUGGUAAUGAUGGAACAGCUGGAUCCUACCCUUCUUCAGAUGAAGACUGAAGUAAUGGAGGGCACAGUUGCUCCAGAAGCAGAGGCUGCUGUGGACGAUACCCAGAUCAUAACCUUGCAGGUGGUAAAUAUGGAGGAACAACCCAUAAACAUAGGAGAACUUCAACUUGUUCAAGUACCUGUUCCUGUGACUGUACCUGUUGCUACUACUUCAGUAGAAGAACUUCAGGGGGCUUAUGAGAAUGAAGUAUCUAAAGAGGGCCUUGCAGAGAGCGAACCCAUGAUAUGCCACACCUUACCUUUGCCUGAAGGAUUUCAAGUGGUUAAAGUGGGCGCCAAUGGAGAAGUGGAGACACUAGAGCAAGGGGAACUUCCACCUCAGGAAGAUCCUACUUGGCAAAAAGACCCAGACUAUCAGCCACCAGCCAAAAAAACAAAGAAAACCAAAAAGAGCAAACUGCGUUACACAGAAGAGGGCAAAGAUGUAGAUGUGUCUGUCUACGAUUUUGAAGAAGAACAACAGGAGGGUCUGCUGUCAGAGGUUAAUGCAGAGAAAGUGGUUGGUAACAUGAAGCCUCCAAAACCAACAAAAAUUAAAAAGAAAGGUGUAAAGAAGACAUUCCAGUGUGAACUUUGCAGUUAUACGUGUCCACGGCGUUCAAAUUUGGAUCGUCACAUGAAAAGUCACACUGAUGAGAGACCACACAAGUGCCAUCUCUGUGGCAGGGCAUUCAGAACAGUCACCCUCCUGAGGAAUCACCUUAAUACACACACAGGUACUCGUCCUCACAAGUGCCCAGACUGCGACAUGGCCUUUGUGACUAGUGGAGAGUUGGUGCGGCAUCGUCGUUAUAAACACACCCAUGAGAAGCCAUUUAAGUGUUCCAUGUGCGAUUAUGCCAGCGUAGAAGUCAGCAAAUUAAAACGUCAUAUUCGCUCUCACACUGGAGAGCGACCGUUCCAGUGCAGCUUGUGCAGUUAUGCCAGCAGGGACACAUACAAGCUGAAAAGGCACAUGAGAACCCAUUCAGGGGAAAAACCAUAUGAAUGUUAUAUUUGUCAUGCUCGGUUUACCCAAAGUGGCACCAUGAAGAUGCACAUUUUACAGAAGCACACAGAAAAUGUGGCCAAAUUUCACUGUCCCCACUGUGACACUGUCAUUGCCCGAAAAAGUGAUUUGGGUGUCCACUUGCGGAAGCAGCAUUCCUAUAUUGAGCAAGGCAAGAAAUGCCGAUACUGCGAUGCUGUGUUUCACGAGCGCUAUGCCCUCAUCCAGCAUCAGAAGUCACACAAGAAUGAGAAGCGCUUUAAGUGUGACCAGUGUGAUUAUGCUUGCAGACAGGAGAGGCACAUGAUCAUGCACAAGCGAACCCACACCGGGGAGAAGCCUUAUGCCUGCAGCCAUUGCGACAAGACCUUCCGCCAGAAACAGCUCCUCGACAUGCACUUCAAACGCUAUCAUGACCCCAACUUUGUCCCUGCAGCCUUCGUCUGUUCUAAGUGUGGGAAAACAUUUACACGCCGGAACACCAUGGCAAGACAUGCUGACAAUUGUGCUGGUCCAGAUGGUGUUGAAGGGGAAAAUGGUGGAGAAACGAAGAAGAGUAAACGUGGAAGAAAAAGAAAGAUGCGCUCUAAAAAAGAGGACUCCUCUGACAGUGAAAAUGCUGAGCCAGACCUGGAUGACAAUGAGGAUGAGGAGGAGCCUGCAGUAGAAAUUGAACCCGAGCCAGAGCCUCAGCCUGUGACCCCAGCCCCACCACCCGCCAAGAAGAGGAGAGGACGCCCCCCUGGCAGAACCAACCAACCCAAACAGACCCAGCCAACAGCCAUCAUUCAGGUUGAAGACCAGAACACAGGUGCAAUUGAGAACAUUAUAGUUGAAGUCAAAAAAGAGCCAGAUGCAGAGCCCGUGGAGGGGGAGGAGGAGGAGACCCAGCCAGCUGCAACGGACGCCCCCAACGGAGACCUCACGCCUGAGAUGAUCCUCAGCAUGAUGGACCGGUGAUGGCAGGGCCUCGCUCGCCACCGGGACUGCUCUGGGCUGUGUUUAAACGGCCCGAAUCUUAAUUUUUCUCCCUUCUUUCUUCUUUUGGCUUUGGGAAAAGCAUCAUUUUACACCAUUUUACCAAACAUACCGAGAACUAAAACUUCAAGGAUGAUGUUAGAAAAUGUGAUUUAACUAGAACUUGCUGUUUGAUGUUAGCAAAUCAUGGAAUGUUCUGAAUCCCUGAGGGUUUACUCAGAAGUGCUGAGGACAGUGUUGACUCCUGACUGGUUUUCUUAGAUGGAAACGGAGACAUCGACCCUCUCUCUCGCUGUGGUAAACCACUCCAGAAUGGCCACCGGGUUUCCCAGAGUUCUCUGGUCUUCUUCCCAGGAGAGUUUUUAAUUGUAAAUGCAGACUUGGGAAGGACUUAGACUUUUAAACUGGUUUUGGCUUUUGCUUUUCCCUGACUCCCUUUGCUUGGAGUCAGCUGCACACCAGUAGUAUGGCAUGCUACGAUCGGUUUUUGUCCUGAAGGCUUUGCCUCUUUCUUGGCAGAGUUUCUGGUAUGGUCAAGCUUGUAAAUAACUUUUUUUACAUUUUAAUCUUUUCCAUUAAUUAAGAGGUUGAAAAGAAGUGCAGUGUAAGAAAACCCAGCAUUUUAAUUACUUGCAAAUUAAGUUACCACGGACUCUGUAGUGUGUAAACGUUGACAAGGAAUUGGAUCACAAUCAUGUAGCAGAACAGCACCCAGACUGCUGCCCGCCACCGGUGACGGCCGCCCACGUGGAAGAUGGUGAUUUCCGCCCAUGGAGCCAACAUCUGAACCUUGUACAAUUAACUUUCAGUUAUGAUUUCCCAUCUACAUUUUCUUUGCUCUGUUUGUAGCUGAAUUUUGUGUUUUAUAAAUCCUCUAUUAAAGAAGGGUGAUUAUGAGUGGGUCACAGCAGCCCUUCAAAGCUGGGCCGGCAAAUUUCUCUAGGUUAGUAAUUUAAACUUUGGAUCUUCAAAAAAAUAAUAAUAAUAAUGUGAAACAAAACCAACUAAAAAGUGAUUCUUGCACAUGAACUGUCACAUGUUUAAAAUGUGUUUUUAGAGAGCCUCAGUCUUGCUGAUUUCAAACACUUUUUUCUUCUGUGUAUUGCUUUUAAGAGAGCCAUCAGUUAGCUAUCAAACUCUAGGUUGAUGCAUUUUGUACUUAGCUGUACUGUGUGAUAUUUUUCAUUAUUUUAGGACGCCAACAUGAGACCUGUAAUAAAAUAUGUAAUGGGGUUGAAAGCUGGGGAGGAGGAUCUACUGCUGUACAGCUAAUAAAUCAUAACGGAUUAACAAGUGCUCCAAACAUCCCGUCUUGUGUGUUUCCUGCCUGACGAGGGGCCCGAUGGGGUCCAUAUGCGUGGUCUGAGGUAGUGCCUUUCAGAUCAGCUGUGUCCCCGCCAUGACAGCUUCCUCUAGCAGAUGGCAGAUGAUUGCAGCAUUUGACAGGCUCCUGAGUGCAUCCUGCUGCAAGUCUGACCUCCUGGAAAGUGGGUGAGUAGAGAGGUGAGUGGUUGUGCGCCU